AUGCCUGCACCACCACCUCCUCCUCCGCCUCCGCCGCCGCCAGCAGGUUUUGGAGGUCCACCGCCUCCACCACCCCCACCGCCCGGCAAUGUUCCUGCACGACCGCCUACGAACGUCGCGAAAGGACGAGGCGCACUAUUGGGCGACAUUCAAUCAGGAGCACGGCUAAAGAAAGUCACACAAGUCAACGAUCGAUCAGCACCGAUCAUCGACAAGGGAAAGGACUCGGGAGGCCCACCAGCGGCCGGAGCACCACCGAUACCAGGAGGAUUGAGACCGUCAGGAGGAGGAGCGAACAGAGCUAGGAGCAACAGCGAUCUUCCUCCAACAGGCUCAUCUUCAAAUGGAAUGGAGGCAGCACCACAAUUGGGCGGAUUAUUCGCCGGAGGAAUGCCAAAAUUGAAGAAGAGCGCGGGAGGUGUCAACAUGUACGAUUCGGAUCCCGAGACGAAUUCUCGCAACACACCCGCGGCGCCGAGUCCUCCUGCAACACCUUCAAGACCCAAUGGCGGUCCUCCGCCGCGACCUGGGGCUGCACCUCCACCUCUACCUCCUUCAGCCGCACCCGCAGCUCCAUCCAUCGCAGCAUUGAGGAAUAACCUACGACCAUCAUCCUCCCACUCAACAUUACAAGGGAUAAGCUCGAAGCCAAAGCCUCCACCUCCGAUUGGCAAGAAGCCUCCCAUGCCUCCUCCGACAGGUCGAAAACCUUCAGGCAUGUCAUCCCCUUCUGUUGUCAGCCUGAUUCCUCCUUCAACGCCUCCUCCACGACCGUCAGGCGCCGCACCACCUUCAGCACCGCCUCCUCCACCAUUACCUGGCACGGCACCAAAACCUCCGCCUGCGCCGCUAUCCCGACCUGCACCCUCACCUCCUGGCGCACCACCCGCUCCAUCACCCCUCCAAUCACGAAUAAGCAGUGUGAACGACGAUGAUGACGAAUACGAUCCCUACCGACACGACAAGAAUGGUCCGCCACCAGCACCUCCUUUGCCUCCACCAUCGGGUCCCAACAAAGAACCAAAUCUAGCCGCUCUCGCAGCCCGCAAUGCAUUUGGUCAGAACCGCUCUCCCACGCCAGCAGCUCCUCCACCACCUCCACCUCCAGGUCCAGCACAAUCCAGUCUCAAUCUCUCUCGACCUCCACCUCCGCCCUCCACUGCUCCAGCACGGCCAGCGACCAGCCAUGGCGCACCGCCUCCGCCUCCUCCGCCGCCCGCAAGCCGUACAGCCACUCUUCCUCCUCCUCCGCCACCCGUAUCCCGGAAUAGCGCAUCCACAAGCAACGGCAUUCCACAUUCCAGCUCCGGCGGCAGCGCUCCGAACUCUCGCCUCAACAGUAUGAUGGGCGAUGCAUCGAGCUAUACUUUGACGAAUGGGAGGAGUCGAGCAGACAGUGCUGGCGUGUCAUCACUUCCAGGUUCGGCGGCGAGGACUUCGGUAGGUUCGAGGUUCGUGGUGCAGGAUUCAAGGUGGAAGUUCCAGGGCGACAACCAGUUGCCUAAGCCGAGGGAAUUUUCGGGCGCGCCGAAAAGGUAUCGAGCUGGGAGGGGGAGUUCGGUGCCGUUGGAUUUGAGGAGUUUGAGUUGAUGGAGAGAAAGAAGUUUG